AUGGGAGCCGUCUCCUCCGGCUCCAUCCACGCACAACGAACCAACAUUAUCGAUGCAAGACUUGCAGGCAACGAUAACGAAUUGUUGGCCGAAAUCGGGUACAAGGCCGAACUCAGCAGAAAAUUCAGCACCAUCCAGGUGUUCGGGGUGGCCUUCUCGAUCAUGGGCCUUCUUCCCUCCAUCUCUUCGGUAUUAGGUCUAGCUCUUUCGGGAGGUCCUGUGGGGAUGAUCUGGGGCUGGUUCAUCGCCUCCUUCUUCAUCCUCUUGAUUGGGAUUGGGAUGGCCGAGCUCGGUUCUGCCAUGCCAACCUCUGGUGGUUUGUACUACUGGACCAACUACUAUGCCGAUGAUGGCUGGAAGACCUUCCUCUCCUUCAUCAUUGGGAACGUCAAUUCCUUGGCCUUGGUCGGUGGUCUCUGCUCGAUCAACUAUGGUUUUGCGGCUGAAAUUCUCUCCAUUGUGGUUAUCUCUCGUGACGGAGACUUCACCAUCACCAACGGGAUGACCUACGGGGUUUUCGCUGCUUGUGUCUUGAGUCACAUCGUCGUUACGCUGUGUGCGUCAUCCGGUGUCUCCAAACUUCAAACGUUCUCCAUCGCGUGCAAUGUGGGUUUGAUCACUUUGUUUCUCAUUGCCAUCCCGAUUGGAACCGCGAGAUCUUCCACCCAAUCCUUUAACGACGCCAAAUUUAUCUUUGGGAACAUGCAAUCCAUGACCGGGUGGACCCCCGGCUGGCAGUUUGUGUUGUGUUGGAUGCCGGCGAUCUGGACCAUUGGGGCGUUCGACUCCUGCGUGCACAUGUCUGAAGAGGCCAAAAAUGCCACCAAGGCGGUUCCUAUUGGGAUCGUAUCCUCGAUUUCGGUCUGCUACGUCUUGGGGUUUGUUAUAUGCAUUGUUAUCGGUGCCUGCAUGACCCAGGAUGUCAGCUCGAUUGUGGACACCAAGUUUGGUCAACCAAUGGCCCAGAUUAUCUUCAAUGCCUUAGGAAAGAAGUGGGCGAUGGCCUUUAUGGCUUUGAUCGCCUUUUGUCAGUGGUUGAUGGGUGCCUCCAUCUUGACCGCCAUUUCCAGACAGAUCUGGGCGUUUUCCAGAGA